UCGCUUGCCGUUUCUAUACGAGGAUAGCUAUCUUUUUUAGAAGAUGGGGGAGCAGUUCCUUGGCGGACCGACGAACCAGGAGUCGCCGGCGAGUAGUGAAAACUGAGGCGAGGGAUUUCAUUGGAAUCGAGCUCAAGAGAAGCAGAAGAAAAUGGACAACGGGACGAGCGCCUCGUUGGUUAGCAGAGAUUGUGUGGUCACUUCUGAGCACCCAGUUCGUCUUCCACCGCUCACCGAAAUAGCAGAGACCAGCCACGAGUUGGAUUACUCCCCAAGCGAGGAGACUCAGAUCCAAGCAGAUCGUGUGAUGGAUGAAGAAGAGACAGGAGGUUCAACCAUGUGUGAAGGAGGAUGGGUCAGAAGGCCGAGGCAUGGACUAAUGCCAGAUGAAAGGAAGACCAAACCAGAUAGAGUUGCACCUUUGGAACAGGCUUUAAGAGGAUUUGCCACAAGCAGUGGCGGAGCUAGGAUUUGACAGCAGGGUGGUCCACCUCUAAAAUAUUGACAACAAAAAAAAUCAUGUGAAUGAGGUAACUAAUUUACCAAUAGCACGCACAAUUAAAUCAGUAAGUUCUCAAUUAAGUGCCAGUUUUGCAUAAAAGACGUUACAUAGCGCAUACCUUGAGAAGUUCAAAGAAGCAUAUCUCCAAAAAAGAGAAGCAAUGUCUCCGGUCCUCUCCAUUAUAUUCUUCAAUAACUCCACAAUAAUAAUUUGCAUUUUUUUCAGUUCAUAAUCAGUAAACUUAAAUUUGUAUUAUGUAGUCAAUUUGCAUGUUUCUGAACACAAAAUUUAGAUUAUAGCUUUGAGGUCCAAUAUAUCAAGAUAUUUCAAUUGUGCAACUUUCUUUCAGCAGUGCCAAGGACAAGCGAAAGGAAAACAUAUUGUUGUUUUCAUCAUCUACAUACAGUACAUCCAAACCUUCCUGAUUUGUAUCAUGUAGAAUUAGCUGUGGCUCCGGUGGGAGGAUGGGAGGUGCAGGAGCAGACCUAGGUCACCAAGACCGCGGGAGGAACCGGGGAAGACGAAGGCACACUACUCGUCGGGCGGUGCUCUGCCGGAGCCGAGGAAGACCGGUGUGGGAGCUCGAUUCACUACAGCACUGUGCUGAAUCGUCCAUGGAAAGCGUCAGAGAGACGAAGAGCUCGUUGGGCGGGGCGGGGCGAGGCUGGACGUGGCGGCUCCUGGCGCUGGCUGGAGGGGCCGGCGACGGCUACGAGCGACGGCGACUCGGCGAAACAAGUUGUUCGCGGCUGGAGGCGGAUCGGAACGCGUAGAGGUAGAUCAGAGAAUCGACUCGGGGACCAGGUUGGGCUCCUGACGACCAUCCAGUGUUAGUAAGCUAUUGCUAGGCCUUUUUUUUCCUCCAGCCCAUGAUCGAAUAUCCUAUCAUACUGCCCGACCCAAAGUUCCAGGGUGGGCCGCGGCCCACCCUGGACACCCUGUAGCUCCGCCCCUGGCCACAAGGAAGACAGAUGCUGUAGUGGCUCCUUCAUUUGGCUUGGUUUUUGAUUCUUUGGGUGAAGCUUAUGAUUUCUACAACCUAUAUUCUUGGGAACUAGGUUUUGUGAUCAGAUACGGCAAGAGCAGAACAAACGUCAAGGGUACAAAAUGCAUGCAAGAGCUCCUUUGUGCAUGUUCGGUAAGCUUCGUUCUCAGUAUUUUAAUGUUGGUUUCAUACCCAAAAAAAACAUUGUUCAUGAGAAUGAUUUAUAUAGGGUAAACCAAAGAAAACUAAUACCACAUCGUGCCGAUCGGAAUGCCCGGCCAUGUUACGACUUUUGAGAACUGCAGACCAGGGUUGGUUUAUAUGCGAGUACAGGCAUGUGCACAAUCACCCUAUGCUAUGAAAUUGUGCAGAGAAGCUACAUUUCCCAUCGCAUCGCCAUAUUGACAAAUACACCAGAGAGCUUGUGUCUCAACUUCGUGAGAAUAAUGUAAAUUUAAGCAAGGUUUACAGCAUAAUUGGGACGUUUUUUGGUAGAAUAGAAAAUGUUCCUUUCACUAAAAGGUGCCUAAGGACAUUGUGUGGAAAGAUAAGCAAGGAACAAGCUGAUGACGAUGUUAGGAAAACUAUGGAUUUGUUUUCAAAUUUAAAGGAAAGAGACAGUGAGUUCCAGUAUACCGCCCAAGUAGACAGCGAGAGUAGGAUAAGAACUAUUCUGUGGACUAAUGGACGUAGCAAGCUCCAGUAUCAUCAUUUUGGCGAUGUGGUUACAUUUGAUACAACAUACAAAACAAACUUGUAUGAUAUGCCUUUCGGUUUGUUUGUUGGAGUAAACAAUCACUUCCAGAGUGUACUUUAUGCUGGUGUUUUGAUGCGGGAUGAGAAAGUAGAAAGCUUUGAAUGGGUUUUCAGUGAAUUUGUAAAGAUGAUGGGUGGGAAGAAACCAGUUACAAUAUUAACAGAUCAGGCUAGAGCAAUGGAGGUUGCAAUUUGGAAUGUAUUCCCAGGAACAACACACAGAUGGUGUAAAUGGCAUGUCUUGAAAAAAGCAAAAGAGUCUCUAGGAAGCAAUUAUACAAGUCAGACUUCAGGACAUAAUUUCAUCGGCUUUGCGACGAAAUGCUUACAGUAGAAGUGUUUGAAAAAGGGUGGUCAGAAUUAAUUCGAUAGUAUGGGUUGGCGAGUAAUACCUUCCUAGCUCAAGUUUACGAGGUUAGGGACAAAUGGGCCAAGCCUUAUUCCAGUGGCAAAUUUUGUGCAAAAAUGACAAGCACGCAAAGGAGCGAGAGUGCAAACCACAUGCUUAAAAAUUAUGUCCCACCAGCUUGCCCAAUGAAUGUUUUCGUUAAGCAGUAUGGCAAGUUACAAUAUGACAGGGAACAGGAGGAAGGUUUUCAAGAGAAGAGAACAAGGCUGGGUGGGGCUGUUAUUAAAUCAAAUCUCCCAAUAGAGCGCUAUGCAAGCAAGAUUUAUACCAGAACAAUGUUUGAGAUGUUUGGAAGGGUCCUUUAUGUAGCUGGUUACUACAAUGUUGAAGAGUUAGAACCAAAAAAAAGAUAUGCCGCCAUACAUGGAGAUCCGGAGAAAAGGGAUCCAUGGUUCAAGAAUAAGUAUGAGGUGGUUAUAUCUGAUGACCAAACAAAGUACACUUGCGAGUGUGGAAGAUAUGAGCACAUGGGGAUGAUAUGCUGUCAUAUACUAAAGGUUAUGAUAAUACUUGAUGUGAAGAAAAUCCCUAAAGCACAUAUAAUGAAGAGAUGGACAGUAGAUGCUCGUGAUGUUUUGCCAGAUCAUAUAAAGCAUUACCAACGAGACAUGGGGCCACCUGAUGCAAUGACAUUCAGGCAUUCUGCCAUGUACAUAACUGCAUUGGAGAUUGUUCAUCUUGGCGACAGUAAUCCAGAUGCUUUCGAGUCGGUUAUGAGUGGACUGUGUGAAUUAAAACAGAAAGCAAUGGGAUUAAGUGUGACCAAGGAUGGACUAAGUGUGGUUGAGAAGUCGAAGGCAUCUAGCAUGACAAACUCUGUGGGUUCAAGGGCAUCUUGCAAAACAAUGAAGACCAAGCGGCCAAGCGUUUCGAAGGAAAUGGUUUCAAAAUCAUCUGGCGUGAAUCCUCUGGAACCAAGCUCCAAUGGACAUGCUGAAGUGACUUCAAAAGAAGUUAUUUUAGCUCCGGAAAGAAGACUGAAGAGAGGGUACCCAAGCACAGCACGCGCAAAAGCGCCUUACGAAGAUUCACAAAAGCGAACCCGUUUUUGUAGUGUUUGUCGAGGAAAAGGACACAAGAGUACAACAUAUCCGCAGAGGGGUGAUAUGCCAGUUAAACCACGCAAAGAACCACUUUGUAGCAAUUGCAAGGUUGCUGGCCAUAGGAAGAACAACUGCUCUAAGAAGAUGAAGCAACACACACUUUGGCAACUCAGUUGUGAACCAAAAAAUGGAACAACCUAAGGUGGUACAAGACCAUGACAAGGUUCAGUACACUUGCAUUGGGGUGAUUUUGCUUGGUGAGGGCACUUUUGAGGGCAGUGUGGAUUCGUUUUUGGCACAUUCCCAUCUUGGUUUUCAUGUUGUCUGUAUAAUCUAUUAUUCCUCCUAUUUGAACUUACCGAACAUGAUACAGGAAUGUGUUGAAUCAGACUGUUAAUGACAACAAACUAGUUGUGAUAAAGCAUGUGGACAAGACUAAAGAAAAAAAUGCCAGUCAUUUUCGGCAAAUUCAUUAAGGAAAUGCCACUUGAUGAAUGUUGGGGAGAACAUGAUCCAUCAAGAAUCUCUAGUGAAGAAAAGGAUAAUUCCAAUGUCCUGAGGAUGGAUAAUGUAAUAGAGAAAUCAAGCUUUGUUCAUUUGCAGUUAAAGAUGAAUACUCAGAAGAUGAAGAAGAGGUUGACAGCAAGAUGUGCAAGAGGCAGAGGAUAUGACUAGUGUAGCUGCAUGAUAAUAAAUGCGAGUGCUCAUAUGUGUCUUAACCACAUCAGUAUUAAUCAAACAGUCGCAUUAGCCAUGUAUUAGCUUCUCUCCCAGACUCUGAAGAUUAUCAAUGUUGUGUGUUGAUUGGCAAUGAGUUAAUAUUGAAAGUUUUAAUGUAAUCUAUUUCAUUAACCUUGC